AUGAAAAGCUUGUUCAUAUUAUUAUCUUUAUUCUUUGCUACGUUUGUUUUCGCACAAACAGGGGAGGUGGACUUGGUCAGUCAUGCCAUUUCCAUUACCAAAAGAGCGGACGAGCCAUCCCAGGCUGAAUUGCAAGAGGUGGACCAAUACUUGAAACAGUUGGUUGCUGCAGUUACUGGCAAUGUGACAAAGAGAGAUAACCCUGCGUUGACUGCCGCAUUUACUGCGUUGAACAAAUCCGGCACGGGUGUACAAAUUGUUCAUGGUCUUGCCACAAACUCACUUACACAAGGAUCAACCAUUAAGGCAAUUGAGGAGUACAUUAGUAACAAUGGAUUGACUAAGUUGUUGGAAGCUGCUGACAACUCUGGCUUGGCUGUUUCUGUUGUCAUGAGAUUCUUCAUCAACUACAAGAUGAUUCCUGCUUUGUGGGACAUCAUUGUGGCAUUAUACAACAAUGGAGUCAUUUCAGUCAAGAGAUUGGAUAUUUUGGGAGCCAUUGGUUCAAUCAUCGGUACUGUACAAGAAUCGAUUUGGUCAUCUGUCAUCACUUUGGUCAACAUUGUCGCGGACCCAGAAUCCAUCUGUGAAUCGUUGAACAAGUCCGGUUUGGGUGUGUCUAUUGUCGAUGAUCUCUUCUCAACCAGUGAUGGAAAGCUGUUUCUUAUUACUUUGAUCACUGAUCUCGUUAAUGACGGGGUCAUCACUUUGGGUAUUUUGCUUGAUGCUUUGAGAGCCUCCAGCUUCCUUCAAAAUACAUUCACAAAGGUUCUUUCCAGUUCUACCAACAGGAAAAUCAUUUUUAUAUGGGCCGUCAACAACUUGGUCUCAUUGAUCAAGUACAUCUUCUAA